AAUGAACAAAAAAGGGUCAACCUAAACGCAGCCUUAAAUAUCUCCCUUUGAUUUGGUCCCCCAAUUCGGACAAACCCACCACCUUCUUUGGCCGGCGAUCUCCCCAACCCUCCGGUGGGCUGAAAUUCAAACAUUUCCCUCCGGCGCGGGUUUUCAAUUGCUUGUUUUUGCCGUCAGGAAGCCGAAAGGAUCGAAGUGAUGGCAGAAGAUACUUCAACGCCGCACAAAAGAGCACCCAUGAAGUCAUCAGUUGGAAGUGUUGCGGUGCAGAGGAGACGGGAAAUUGCAGUAUCGGUAGGGAAGGAAAGGAGAGAAGCUUUAAUGCGAUCAAAGCGUCUGUGCAGACAGGGCGUUAGCAAUGAGGAUGCAGACUCUGCUAUUGAUGAAACAAUGGAGACCGAUGAAGAGCAAUCAGUUUUGGUGGAUCAGACGUUGAAAGCAGUAGAAGACUUGAAACACGCCAUUGGAUAUCAGGGAAAAGGAGCAAUACAUAAAAGAGUUAGUGCUCUUCGGCAGUUAAGACGACUGUUAUCAAAAUCGGAAUGCCCACCAGUUGAAGCUGCUCUCAAUGUUGGAGCAAUGUCUACCCUAAUUCAGUGCCUUUCCUUUGGUUCACCUGAUGAGCAGUUACUCGAGGCAGCUUGGUGUCUGACAAAUAUAGCAGCUGGAAAACCAGAAGAAACCAAAGCGUUGUUGCCUGCAUUACCAUUACUUAUUGCUCAUAUGGGAGAAAAAAGUCCGCUCCCUGUUGCAGAGCAAUGUGCGUGGGCACUGGGAAAUGUUGCUGGUGAAGGCGAGGAGCUAAGGAACAUUUUGCUAUCGCAAGGAGCUUUACAGCCUCUCGCAAGGAUGAUGCUGCCAAACAAGGGGUCAACUGUGAGAACAGCUGCUUGGGCAUUAUCAAACUUAAUUAAGGGACCAAGCGGAAAAGCUGCAACAGAUUUAAUAAGGAUUGAUGGUGUUCUUAGUGCGAUUCUUCGACACCUGAAGAGGGGGGAAGAGGAAUUGGCAACCGAGGUAGCAUGGGUGGUUGUGUAUCUCACUGCUCUGUCCAAAGUUGCUACCAGUAUGCUAGCAAAAAGCGAUCUUCUGCAAAUACUUGUAGAGAGAUUGGAAUCUUCAAAUAGCUUCCAACUUCUUAUUCCGGUGUUGCGGGGUUUAGGUAACAUGGUUGCUGGCGACGCUUAUGUAACUGAUAAUAUUCUUAUUGUCGGGCAUGAGAUCACAGCAAAUUUAAACAAAGCAAUUAUCAAAUGUUUGAAAAGCGAACAUCGUGUCUUAAAAAAGGAAUCCGCUUGGGUGCUGUCUAAUUUAGCUGCUGGUUCUAUUGAUCAUAAAAAAUAUAUACAUUCUAGUGAUGCUGUGCCCACAUUAAUACAUCUGCUGUCUAAUGCGCCAUUCGAUAUAAGAAAGGAAGUGGCAUAUGUUCUUGGUAACCUCUGUGUUGCACCUGCUGAAGACACUGGAAGACCAAAGUUGAUUCUUGAUCACCUAGUUUCUCUUGUCAGAAGUGGGUCUCUCAGUGGUUUCCUCGACUUGAUUAGAUCUGCAGAUAUAGAGGCUGCCCGACUCGGUCUUCAGUUCACAGAACUGGUUCUAAGGGGAAUCCCAAAUGGCGAAGGGCCGAAGCUUGUUGAGGAAGAGGAUGGAAUCGAGGCGAUGGAAAGAUUCCAGUUUCAUGAAAACGAAGAGCUAAGAAACAUGGCGAAUGAGCUAAUUGACAAGUACUUCGGUGAGGAUUAUAAGUUGGAUUCAUAGAAACUAGUUGAUGUGAAUUGAAUUAUGUUGUUGGCAUUCGAACAUUGAAAUCUUGGUUGUGUUAAAAGUCAAAGCUUUUUCUUGGUGGAGCGUGUAUUUGUUGUUAGUGGUAAUUAUUUAAAACAGACUACUCUCGGCUACUUCUAACGUUUACUAGUGUGGUAAUUUUGUGUUUUUAUUGUUCA